CCAGGUUGACCGAACUUGUCCACAAAUGUCGGCAGUUUAUCCAAACCCGGUAUGCACACGGUUCAUUUCUUCCGGCAUACAAGCUGCAGCGAGCGAUCGAUCAGGCCUGAGAAGGCCGAAGUGCGCGCGUUGUCGUAACCACGGUCUUGUUGCGUGGGUGAAAGGCCACAAAAGGCUAUGCACUUAUCGGAGUUGUACCUGUGAGCAGUGCAUACUCAUUGUGGAACGUCAACGCGUGAUGGCGGCGCAGGUUGCUCUGAAAAGACGGCAAGCGGCUGAGGAUUUGCUUGUUAAAAGGUUGGCGAGCACUAGUUCUCCUGCUCUGGAUGUGUCGGGCGAUGAUCUUACGGCGUCCUCGAAAGCGCCUAGGAACUUCGAAGAGUUAAAUGCAUUGAUUGCAUUAUCCGCAAAUGGUGCUGAUAGGACUCGAAUAGAAAGACACUGUCCCCACAAGAGCGAUGCUGAGGAAUUCUCUUUGAGCUCACGAGGGUUGUUCCACAUCGCAAACUUGGAUGAUGGUUGUUUCUCCUUCUCUGAUAACAACCUUUCAGCAACGCAGCCUCCAUCAAUGAUCUCAUCUGCCCACAUGUUGUCCAACUUUUCCCUCGAUGAAGUACAGGGACAGGCUAUGAUGUUAUCGGCAAUGUUUGCCUCCCUACCCAAACCACAAGAAUUCAGCUUAACUGACUCUUGUUCCACUCUGUCAGCACAAAACUCCUUCCGAUCAGUGUCUCCUGUUAUCUGCAUUGACUCAUCUAGCUCACCUGUAUCGGCCAGCACUCCACGUACCCCUCGCUUGUGGCCCCAAGCAACAAAUGCAGAACGAAUGAUCCAAGUGCCUGACACAUCAUCGCUGAACGGAGGUGUCGGGAUCUCGUCAGCACUUAGGCUUCUGACGUCUACCAUUCGGUGAGCGACUUCGUGUCGACUUACUGGUAUCUUUGGGAAACAGAACACACCUAAAUGCAAUGUCC